AAAAGAGAGGCAGAGGCCAGCUGUAGAGUGCCACGUCAAUAGCUCGUACUACUCUCGUUGUUCUGCAUCUCUUUAUAGUAUUCUGAGUGAUUGACAUCAAAAUCAAAAAACGCCAUUGUUAAGAGAUGUUGAAAGACAGAGUGAGAGAGAGAAUACAGAGAAAGAAGAGAGAGAUGGCUGAUGAGUACACAUACAUGGACAUAACGAGAUUCACGGCAAACCCAGAUGGCUUUUACGCUACCAACAGUCCGUACCAGAAAUCGGGCCCAAAGGGUUUCAUCGAGAUGAAGGUUCUCGAGAACGACAAGCUCUACAUCCGCGUCGACUUGCCCGGCGUUCCCGACGACGCCGCCCGCCACAGAGUCGACGCCCUGAGGAAAAAGGUGGUCUUUUUUUCCGGCAAGACUCUCGACGACGGCUACAACAAGGAAGGCGUUCGUGAGUACUCUGGAACCGCCGGCCUGGGCUGCGACUGCUGCGAGAUCACCGGCGUGGAUGACGUGAAAAUGAAAGAUGGAGUCUUGAGGAUGAUUGUGUCGAGGGUCAAGGUGAAGAACGAUGACAAGAAGUGUACUCUUACUUUCCCUCCUUUCACAGGUAAAUCUGGAAGACGCCAGGAGGAUCAUCCGUUUCUGGUGAAAGGUCCUCAGGGAGCAAUGUUCAUUGCUCAGACCAAGAAGGUGUGUGAGCAUGACGAGAGUGCUCGUCUCUACCUUGGAAGCUUCGGCACUUUGGAUCCUUCCACUGCACCUACACUCGACUCCAUCACCGCCACUGUCAAAUUUGGUGUUCUCAAGAUUGUCACUGGACCUCUGCAUAACCAGUAA